CCUGUAGCGAUUUCUUGCAGAAAUGCUAGUGAGGGUACUGCUUUAGCGCAGAAGUGUGUUAUGUCCAUGUUAGAGAGGUGAAUGAAUUUGUUUCCAUGUGUAAUAUACACACAGCACGAAAGGAAAGGCAAACACUCCAGAUCUGAUCGUCACUAAACGAACGACUACUAGUAAUCUACUAUUAAGUGUCACAUGAUGUGGCAGCGUUUGGACUCUAGGUACGUAACACCUGCUAGUGGCGCCUUUGUCGGAGCUUUGGCGGUUUGUGGCUCGUGUUGAGUAGCAACCAAUAGACUUCAACAGACAUCAACUGUAUAAACAGGAGACAUCACUGUUUUAUUCUGUUGGGUGCGUGUGGGGGGCAAGGCUGCCAAACGAAUCGGCGUUUCCGGCGAGGAUAUUACCUCAUGCACAUCGCUCACAGGCAGUCGACUGGCGUUUGACUUGCUGCUCUACGGCUUUAUUACAUCGUUUUACUGACUCACUGCCAUCGCUAUUCAAGAGGAGUGUUUGUUUGUUGUUAUUACGAAAUUCUAGAUUCUCUAACAAAGAUGCCUUGGCUAGUCUAUUGGGCUUUCUCAGUCAUUGUGUGUUUCUUGGCGAUUUGCUGGACGUGCUGGUCUCGUUCCAACAACAGUUUGAGACGUGACGCGCGUGCCAAGCGUAUGCCAUUGGUUGUAUUGGAUGAAAAUUUACAUUGCCUUGACGGGAAGUCAGACUUUGUUUCAUCUGAACUUUCAAUCCAAACAAGAGAAGUAAGAGACAGCAGCCAUGAGAACGCUGUCUGUGGUAAAACCACAGAGAGGUUGAGAACCAAUGGUUCAGCCACAAGGCGUGACCAACAAUUGCACCGCCUUGAAAUCAUUGGUCAAAACAGAGGAAAGUGCAGCAAAUCGUCAUUGCAUUGCUUAGAGGAACUUCCACAGCAAGCGCUCCCAGAAGACAAAAGCACAACAGAAAAGGAGGUGAAUAAACAGGGGCAAAGUGGAGGUCACCUAACAGGAAGAUAUUUGACUGACAAAUUGAACUAUAGAGUCGAAACUGACAGCAUUGCAGCAAUCUAUCAAAGAUCAAGCUCGAGUCUAGAAGCCAUGCGUCUAUUUGGACAGCAGGGAGCACAUACAAGAGAUUAUUUGAUUGAAUGUGGACAUGAGAACACAAUAAGAGUUGACAGUACCAUUAGAGACAGCUGUUCCUUGCACAUUAGUGGUGAUUUGGGGUCAAAGUCAGAGUCUUGCAAUGACUGCAAGGUGCUUGUGACAGCAAGAUUGUCUAGGCUUCACAGACAGGAUGGUGGUGCUAACAGAAGCCAUGUUUGGAACAGACAGACAUCAACAGACAGAAAGAAAUGUCUGAACAGGUAUACAACUUCUCCCUCUGUUAGGAAAAAGACACAUGCAGGAGAAACAGUGACACAGGAUUUAUUUACUGUUAAUGGACACAAUGAGACAAGUGAGCAUCUGAAUUCUGGAGCUGUAAGUGGUAACAUGUUUGACAAGAGUAGCAAUACUUUACACUGUCAUCAGGACAUUACAACUCCUGACUGUGAAAGAGCAGUUAUGACAGAACUUGUUUGUUGUCCUGCGCUUGAGAAAUUAGACUCACCAGACAGUGAUAGGUUCAUCAACAAAUUGGACUACCUUCCUCAGGAUGUGGUUAAAGGACAAGGACCCGCUUCAUCGCCUACCAACAAAACUCAUACUGAAGCAGGAUAUACGCAAACUGGGGAAGAAGUGGCUAGAGACAAUUUGAUUGUCAAGGAACAUCUAAUAUAUGAUGACUUUGACUUUCUUUCUGAACAAGCUUCUCCAAGACUCUCUUCAUCAACUGUACUUCGACGACGUGGUCUUAAGCCUGCUGAUCGACAAACAUCAUUGAGCAAUCCUAUAAAGAGUCUGAGUAGGCGGAGAGAUGUUCAGUCUGAUGUUUCAAGCUCUAGAUUUCAUCCAUCUGCUGUGGCUGGGUUGCAGACAAGCUUGAACUUUUCUCAAUUGAAGUUGAGAAAGACUCGCAAACGAUCUGAUGGUUCUGCCAUGUGUGUGGCCGGUGGUGAAGAGGAGAAACUAAUGGAGAUGUCUCAGCCAGCUGUGACUCUGAUACAAGUGAAAGGUCGUCGACAUGUGCAAGUUUGUGUUGUUAAACCAUCCAAAGAAUCGCUUAGUUCUGAUGACUCAUAUUUGCUUACUACUCCGUCACAGCUGUGGAUAUGGAUUGGUAGUUCAUCAAAUGUCAUUGAGAAAGCUAGGGCUCAGGAUUUAGCAGACCGAAUAUUGAAAAGUCAUGAAUUAGGAUGCAAAGCAAAGUCAGUUCAGACGAUAGAAGAGAGGAGAAAUUAUGACAAUGGCAAUAGAAAAGCAAUGCUUGACUUGUUUUCAGAGAAUGGGUCUGAGCAAAAGAAAGGUGAAGAGAGACUAUGCGAUGAAGAAUAUGAAAGACAUUGCUGGAAGGAAACAGUUGUGUAUGAUGUUAAUGACAUUGAGCUAGUAGUGAACAAAGGUCUGAGUGGGAAACCACUUAAAUAUGGCAGACUAUGCAGUGACCAGGUUGCUGUUUAUGACUUUGGCUCUGAAGUGUAUGUGUGGAGUGGAAAACACACUUUCACGACUAAACGACAAGAGGCUAUUAAGUUAGCACAGGAGCUAUGCUCUUCUAACAGUAGAUUUCCCAGUUGGGGAAUUUUCUAUGCUGCCACAGAAGGUCAUGAACCAUUGCUGUUUCGUGAGAAGUUUUCUGACUGGCCCGAACCAGGUAGAAUAAUCAAGGCAAAAGGUCAUGCAAAUACUGGACAGACAAUGGAGUAUUCACCACCUGAGUUGUUUCCAAUUCCGGCAGAAAACUUUCUUUCUCCACAGCUUAGCAACCCUUCUUCAUGUAUAUUAGACAAUGUGAAUAUUGGAAGAGGAAAGGGUCAUGGAGAGUACCGUGUAGAAACUCAGAAUAUAACUGUCUGGCUUGUUCAGGAGACAAAAUACAUUGAGCUUCCUGUAUCUCAACAUGGGGAGUUCUGCUCACAUGAUGCGUAUGUCAUUAGAUGGGAAUAUCACUUGUUUCAUUCAUCUGACACUAAUCAGUCAAUGAAAGCUAGGAGUUGUGGGUCAGUUCGGUGUUGUUACUUUUUUUGGCAAGGGGAACACUGCUCUGUAACUGAGAAAACAGCAUCAGCUUUGUUGACAGUAGAGUUGGAUAAAGAGAGAGGUCCACAGAUAAGAGUUUUACAGCACAAGGAACCACCUGUUUUUUUGCAAUUGUUUGGUGGUAAUAUGGUUGUUUACAACGAAAGAUCAUUGUUUCAAAAACGUAGUGGACAACCAACAAUGUUUAUUAUUCGUAGUUGUGUUGAAAGUGAAUUGUAUAUACUUCAGCUUCCAAGUGCAAGUGGUAAAUGGUUACAGCAAACAUCUUCAUUCAUUGCUGUCUCACAAGAUCUAUGUGCUGUGUUUGUAUGGCACGGCAGUGAGUCUCCCGGCUUUGUGUGUCAAAGUGUAACUAAAUGUUCUGAGUUCUUGAGAAAAAGGUUGUCUGAGAGGUGGCAAUGUGAACUGAAGAUGAUUACUAUAGAAGAAGGUCAAGAGGAAGAGCAAUUUUGGGAUGUUGUGGGAGAUAGACAGUACCCUACUUCUUUACUAUUGGGAGCUCCUCUGCAUAGAAACAAUGAUCUUAGAUUGUUUGAAUUGAGCAGUGUCACUGGUCAAUUUGUAGCAACUGAAGUGUUGCAGUCGUACCGUAAAUUUGAUGUUUGUAAUCACUUUCCACUACUUCAGUAUGAUCUCUAUUCGAUUCCUCAACCUUCUCUCUUCAUGAUUUGCACAUCAAGUGCUGUUUUUGUGUGGAUGGGGAAAUUUAAUAGUGAAAUGAACAGUAGCCGGUGGCUGAAAGAAAGAAAACUAGCCAUGCAGACUGCCUUGAACUUUGCAACAUAUUGUGGUAUGAAAAGCUCUGCAUUUGUGGUUAAAGCAGGUUUUGAACCAGAAGUUUUUCGACAACUUUUUCCUUUCUGGGAGGACCAGUUGUCUAGUCAUGAAGUUAUGGAAACUCUUCAAACAGUUGAAGAAGAAAUGACAGAGUUGAGCAGACAAUAUACACUGGAGGAAUUGCAGACGAGACCACUUCCAGAGUCUGUGGAUUCCUGCAGGCUGGAGACGUAUCUUUCUGAUGAAGAUUUUGUUAUUGCCAUGGGGAUGAAUAGAAACAACUUUCUUAAGUUACCACAUUGGCGGCAAUUGGAAACGAAAAGAGCAGUAGGCCUUUUCUAGAGACAUGUGACAGAUUGUGUAGAUAUGAGUUUAGAUAUGCAAAUUUAUAAGAUAGACUAGUCUAAUUGUACUAGCUCAGUUAUUAACAAAAAAAAGACAGCUUUGCUGCACUGCUU